AUGGCUGGACCGAAUAUCAGCUUCUCUGCACCGUCGCCGAUCGUCAAUGGCAAUAGCAAUGGACACACCCAGGUGACAUCUGACCGACUGAUAGUCGGCGUCGACUUUGGCACCACGUACUCAGGUGUGGCAGCAGCAUACAGCGCAACCCCUGACGAUAUCGAGAUCAUCAAGACGUGGCCAGGAGGCAACGGCAUAACCUCCGACAAAGUCCCCACCGAAAUCGCCUACGAAACCGCCGAACUACCCACCACAACCAAUACCGCAAUCACUCCCGAACAAGGCGGCGCCAGAGCCACUGUCCAAAAGAUAAAAUGGGGCUUCCAGUUCAAACCCGAAGAACCACGCCUCAAAUGCAUAAAACUGUUCUUGGACAGGAAUCAAAAACUCCCACAUUUCGUCAGCCCUUUGGAUACAGCAGCCCAUCUGAGACAAUGCGAUCGCACUGUCAUGGAUGCGGUGAGUGAUUACCUGGGUCAGAUCUACACACAUACCAUGGAGACUCUCAACAGACGAUACGGCGAAUCCUUCAUGGCCAUGACGAAGGUCGAAUUCGUCCUCACCGUUCCAGCAGUAUGGUCAGAUUCAGCAAAGAAUGCCACUCUACAAGCGGCGGAAAAAGCAGGAAUGGGAAAGAAACAUGAACUACGCCUCAUCUCCGAGCCUGAAGCCGCCAUGCUGCAUGCCUUGAAAACAGUACAACCACACAACCUCAAGGAAGGAGACAACUUUGUCAUCUGCGAUGCGGGAGGGGGUACGGUAGAUCUCAUCGGGUAUAAAAUCACACAGCUAUCGCCAUUGAGAGUGGAGGAGUCUGCUGUGGGUACGGGAGGAUUAUGCGGUUCUGCAUUUUUGAACUUUCGAUUCGAAGAACACGUCAAGGAACGACUGGGCAUGGACCGCUACCUCAGCAUGCGCAACAAGAAGCCCAAAACCUGGAUGAUGGGCUUGAAAUACUUCGAAGAAUUCGUCAAGAGGAACUACAACGAGGACGAGCAGCAAGAGGUAAAUGUACCUUUUCCUGGUCUUCCCGAUGACGAAGAAGCGGGCAUUGACUCUGGAUUCAUGGUCAUGAGUACACAACAAGUCAAAGCAAUCUUCGACCCCGUCAUCGAUGAAGUGCUCAAACUUCUGGAUGGUCAAGUCGACGCUAUCCGAGCAAAAGGCGACAUCGUAUCCGGUAUCAUCCUCGUCGGCGGAUUCGGCCAAUCCAACCAUCUCUACAAUCGACUAAAAUCUCACUUCAACACUUCCUCCUCAUCUGCACCCCCAGCAUAUUCGGAGAAACCGGAACAUCAAACACAACAUAACGAAUACCCUGCAGUGGAAGUCAUUCAACCUUUAUACGCAUGGACGGCAGUUGUCAGAGGCGCCGUAAUUAGAGGACUGGACGACUCAAUGGUAUCGUCCCGUCGCAGCAGAUUACACUACGGCACUUCUUACGCCACCGUUUUCGACGAGACGAAACAUGAUCAGGCGGAUAGAUAUUGGAGUCCGCUCUGGGAGAGGUGGAUGGUCAGUGAUCGCAUGCAAUGGCAUAUUUCAAAAGGCACCGCCAUCUCACCGGAUACCCCAAUAUCUUUCCACUACACGCGCAAUUUCCGACCUAAUCAGAGUCUCAUUGUCGAGGACGAGUUAAUAGCUUGUGGCGCUGACUCUGCUCCUUCUUCGCGGACGAAAACACUCUCGACCGUCUGCACAUUGAAGACCGAUCUAGCGGCAGUACCGGAAGAGCUUUUUACCAGGCUGAAGACAAGUAAAGGUGUUGAGUUCCUCAAUCUAGACUUUGAGCUUUGUAUGCGGAUACAGAGUGCAGAUCUUGUAUUUGAGUUGAGGGUGGGAGGAGUGGGAUAUGGAGUCGUGCAGGCUGAGUUUCAUUGA